CCGAGCGGGCACAUGCACAUACGUACGUACAUGCAGCUCUCGUCACCACUCCCAAGACAAAUCGAUCCUCAGGCCGGAGCGAGUUCAUCGAUCGACCAUGGCCAUGGCGGCGCGUUGCAACACGCCUAGUGUCAACCUCCUAUCCCUCCUCCUCCUCCUCCUCCUCUCCAGCGCACUCCUCGUCACCGCCGCCGGCAACUCCGCCAAGGACGCCUGCUCCAAGGCGCCAGACCAGCAGUUCUGCGUGGCCUUCCUGGCAGGCAUCCCGGAGAGCAUGACGGUGGACGCGCGCGGGCUGGCGGAGCUGGGCAUCCGUGCCGCGGCCAAGAUCGGCGCCGCGGAGGGCACGGCCGCGCGCACCCAGCUGAACCUGGUCACGAUCAAGGGCCCGCAGUGGCAGUGCAUGGACUCGUGCGUCGCCGACGUGGAGGAGGCCGUCUCCCACCUCGACGUCGACAGGGGCAAGGGCGGCGUCACCGCCAUGGACGACGCCAAGUUCAACGACGCGCGCGACUACGUGGAGAGCGCCGAGAAGGACGGGCUGACGUGGAACUGCGACCAGUGCCGGGAUGGCCUCACGGCGCCCGUCAAGACCGGGCUGCUACCCAAAGGCAACGAGUUCGAGAAGGUCAUGGGGGCCGUCACUGCCCUCAUCAAGCGGGCCGGUGGGAGCGCCGCGCCGGCGCCAGCGCCCGGCCCGUCCUGAACUCGCCGCGAGAAAUAAUACUAAUCCCCACUCGCACGUGUUGCGGUAACAUACUUUGUUGUCGACACAGAGUAACGUGCUUCUUGAUGUUCUUUUAUUCUGAUCGACCAGGUUUUCUAUGCUAGCUAUAUGUUCAUAGUGCUUCUUUUAGUUUACAUCAUUUAUUAGCUUUGUGAUCUCCUUUUGUCAUUAUUGAGACAUUGUUUGGUGCUUGCCAAUUUGGGACAUUUUAUUAAUGCGUAAAUUUUAUUUUC